UAUUGAGUUGCGCGUUACACGAAAAUAGGCCGCACACCUGCAUACAGCAGCAGAUGUCUACAAAUUUAUUAUUAGUGACGUUUUAAGUCACUAGUGUCAUAAAAAAUGGUGUAAAACAGUGACAAUUAAUUUUUUUCAAUAAAUAUACAAUUGAUCGAACUGAGAGUCCAAGCGUGGAUGAAAGUCAUUGAACGCACCAUAAACACACGUGUAGUUUGGCGCAUUGUUGAAGGAUAAAUCGAUCAAAGAGGAAUUUUUCAAUAUUUACCCGGAUAACGCACUUAAUCUUUUUGCAAUAAACAAAUAAUGAUAAAACGAAUUUGCGUAAUUGCGAGCGACACUAAAAUUAAGACUUAUCAACAACAACGCGUAUUUAUUUGAAAAACAACAGGUAUGUCAUGUACUACGCUUCGGAGCUAAUUCCGGCAAAGUUUCUCGUUUUAGUUGCCCAUUUUACCAUUUGUGUAUUAUUGUUAUGGAACAGUCCCCAGAGCGUGAAGGCCUGUUUGACACAGGAGGCCUCAGAGGAAGUGUUUCGCAUACACCAUACUCAGAGAUCUCCCAAACUCGCCCAUCAUGGACGAGGGUGCUUGUCCUAGCGGGGGUGGCAACCACCAUUGGUUCCUCCCUCCCAGUGGGCUACAACAUCGGGGUGGUCAACUCUCCGGCAGGGGUCAUUAAAUUGUUCUGCAACCAAAGUGUUCUCAACCAUUAUGGUGUGGUACUUCACGAAGGUGGGCUCGAUUUUUUGUGGUCCACCAUCGUGGCUAUUUUCCUGGUGGGUGGUACCAUUGGGUCCCUUGGUGGGUCUUUUUUCGCGGAUAAGGCCGGACGCAAGGGGGCCUUAAUUGUGAGUUCUCUCAUCGGAACUAUUGCCGGGGUUUGCUUUUUCGCAUCGAAAGCAGCAAACUCCUUUGAAAUGUUGAUCGUUGGAAGGCUCCUCAUAGGAGUGUCCUCAGGGUUGAUCACCAGCGUCAUGCCCAUGUACUUAACGGAAUUGGCCCCAGGUUUAUUAAGGGGGUCCAUGGGGGUGUUGUGCCCCCUUGGCGUGACUUGUGGUGUCCUAUUGGGGCAAGUUUUGUCCUUAGAAGGGAUUUUAGGGAAUGAGGAUUAUUGGCCCCAUUUGUUGGCCUUCUAUUUGCUACCUCUUGCUUCAUGUAGUGUGAUAUUAGUAUUUUUGCCUGAAAGUCCAAAGUAUCUUUUUAUAAUCAAAAAGCAACCACAUCUAGCGCUAAAACAAUUAGCACUUAUUCGCAACACCAAAGAAGAGCUGCUCGAUCACGAAAUCCAAGAACUGAAGCUUGAGGAACAAGAUAACGACACAGAGGGUGAAGAUUGGAGCAUAAUUCGUGUCCUUGGUGAUAAAUCUUUGCUACUACCACUGCUCCUAGUUUGUAGUCUUCAAGCUGGGCAACAAUUUAGCGGAAUCAACGCUGUUUUUUACUACUCGGUUUCAAUCUUCCAAAAAGCUGGGCUUUCGUUACUAAACAGCCAACUCGCGACUAUUGCAGCUGGCUGUUGCAACCUCCUCAUGGCCAUAAUUUCAAUCCCUGUGAUGGCAAAAUUCAACCGCCGAAGCACCCUUCAGUUGAGUCUAGUGACCACAACUUUUUUCCUAAUUAUUCUAGGACUCGCCAUUACUUUUAUUUCCCACUUCUCCUGGAUGCCCUAUUUGAGCAUCGUCGGAGUUUUAGGUUUCGUGAUUUGCUACGGAAUCGCCCUUGGCCCUAUCCCUUAUUUCAUCGGAUCCGAGCUGUUUGAAGUGGGGCCACGACCUAGUGCCAUGGCCCUUGGCAGUAUGGCCAACUGGGGCGGGAAUUUUAUCGUCGGUUUGUGUUUUCAGGCCAUGUUGAUGUUUCUGGGGGCCGCUUCGUUUUUUAUUUUUGCCCUUGUUGUCGUCGCUUUGUUCUUUUUUGUCAGGUUUUAUUUGCCCGAAACGAGAGGACGGGACCCAGUCCAAAUCGCAGCUUUGUGCAAAAGGGGUUUUUCCUCAAGGCCUUUAGAUUCUCCGGUCAAUUCAGCGAGUACUGUCGAUACUUUUUCAGUGACUGAGAAGGAGGUGGUUUGAGGAGGUGUUUAAAGCCAUGUCUUCCAUUUUAAUAAAUUUUUUAACAAA